ACUCCUCUCCUCGCCGCCGCCUCUUCUUCUCGCUGCCCUAGCUCCUCGCUCCCAGCCUCUCCACGGCGACGAUGGCCUGGCCGCCGGCGGCGCUGCUGCUGCUGCUGGUGGCGGUGGCCGCGGCCGCCGCGGUGCUGUCGCCGGCCGUCGGGGUGGCGUCGGCGUCCAACUCGGAGGGGGACGCGCUGUACGCGCUGCGGCGGGCGGUGGCGGACCCCAGCGGCGUGCUGCAGAGCUGGGAUCCCACCCUCGUCAGCCCCUGCACCUGGUUCCACGUCACCUGCAACCGCGACGGCCGCGUCACGCGUCUAGACCUGGGUAACUCAAAUUUGUCAGGACAUCUUAUUCCUGAAUUGGGACACCUUGAGCAUCUGCAAUAUCUAGAGCUGUAUAAGAACAAUAUUCAGGGCACUAUCCCAGCUGAGCUCGGGAGUCUGAAGAGCCUUAUUAGCUUGGACCUGUAUAACAACAACCUUACUGGAACCAUACCGAAAGAACUUGGCAAGCUGAGCUCCUUAGUAUUCUUGCGGCUUAAUGACAACAACUUGUCUGGUCCAAUCCCGAGGGAACUGACAAAAAUAUCUAGUCUCAAAGUGAUAGAUGUCUCGAACAAUGAUCUUUGUGGCACAAUUCCAUCUACCGGGCCUUUUGAACAUAUACCACUGAACAACUUUGACAAAAAUCCAAGGCUGGAGGGCCCCGAGUUGCAAGGGCUUGCAACAUAUGACACAAACUGCUGAAAGUGCCAAUCAGUUCCCAUUGUCUGUGUGAUAUAGAUCGAUAGUGGAUUAGCUUUAUCGGAGUACCUGGUCAAUGUGCAAGCCUGGUUGCUUUGCUUGUACGAGUUACUGCAAGUAAGGACUAGGCUGCCGAUCAAUACAUGUAGUGUAGAUAAUAUUUAUCGCAAGUCUGAGGCCCUCAGGCCUCAGCCCUCUAAACCGAUGAUACCUGGUAAUGUAUGGUUGCUUUGAUGAAAGAAGUCUUGAUAUUUAUUGCUAGUAUUUAGUUGCCCUA